UGGCUCAGCCAUGGGCUGGCUGCUGGUGGGGGUCCUGCUGGCCUCCAUGUUGGUGGCUUUGGUGACAGGGGCUGAGCAGAGCCAGGAGCUGUCCCCCUCCACCAGGCUUCCGGAGUGCAAGAAGGCCCUGAAGCUCCCAGGUCUGGAAGUGCUGCCAGGGGGGGGCUGGGAUAACCUCAGGAAUUUGGAUAUGGGCAAAGUCAUCAAUCUGGGCUACUCACUGUGUAAGACCACAGAAGAUGGAUCUUACAUCAUCCCAGAUGAGGUCUUCACUAUCCCUCGCAAGCAGAGCAACCUGGACAUCAACUCUGAGAUCAUCGAGUCCUGGAAAGAUUACCAAAGCAUCACCUCUGCCUCCAUCAACCUGGAGCUGUUCCUCUUCUCCUCCAUCAAUGGCAAGUUCUCCUAUGACUUUCAGAGGACCAAGACCCACCAAGUGAAAGACCGUGCUGUCACCACCCGCGUGCAGGUCAGGAACCUGGUUUACACAGCCAAGGUCGACCCAGGGGCAGUCCUGGACGAAGGCUUCAAGAAGCAGCUGCUGACCAUCGCCAGCCACCUGGAGAACAACCAGACGCACAUGGCUGACUUUCUGGCUGAGGUGCUGGUGCUUAACUAUGGCACCCACACCAUCACGUCUGUGGAUGCUGGAGCAAGCUUGGUGCAGGAGGAUCAGAUCAAGGCAACCUUCCUGAAGGACAGCUGGGCCAAACGGAGUGCGGUCACAGCCUCAGCCGGUGUGGCUUUCCACAGCAUCAUCAGUGUGAAAAGUGAGGAGUCCCUGAACAUCAGCUCUGGCUUCACCAAGCAGUAUCUGGAGAACCGCACCAGCUCCAGGGUAGAGAGCAUUGGCGGGACCCCCUUUUACCCAGGCAUCACCCUCAAGACCUGGCAGGAGGGAAUUAGAAACCAGCUGGUGGCUCUCGACCGCUCAGGGCUGCCCCUGUACUUCGUCAUCAAGCCCAGCACCCUGCCAGAGCUGCCAUCCCCCACAGUAAAGAAGCUGGCCAGGCAUGUGGAGAUGGCCAUCCGCCGCUACUACACCUUCAACACCUACCCGGGCUGCACCGAUGCCACCUCACCCAACUUCAACUUCCAUGCCAACAUCGAUGAUGGCUCCUGCAAGGGUGCCAUGACCAACUUCAGCUUCGGGGGAGUCUUCCAGGAGUGCACGGGGCUGGCCGGCCCUGACACCAACAUGCUCUGCCAGGGGCUGGAGCAGAAGAACCCCCUCACUGGGGCAUUCUCCUGCCCCACCACCUACACUGCAGUGCUGCUGGCCAUGCAGGAGCAGGAGGAAGGUCACAGCCACCUGGAGUGCCACAAAAAGUGCACCCUGGGCAUCUUCUGCCACCGCAAGUGCCAGGAUGUCUUCUGGCUCUCCCGGGUGCAAUUCAGUGCCUACUGGUGUGCUGCGAGCAGGACAAUGGCCCCAGGAUUGGGAUACCUCUUUGGAGGGCUGUUCAGCAGCCAGAGCGUCAACCCCAUCACUGGUGCCCAAUCCUGCCCCUUGGGGUACUUCCCACUGAAGCUCUUUGAUGAACUUAUGGUGUGCGUGAGCCAGGAUUACGAGGGGGGUAGCCAGUAUGCAGUGCCCUUUGGGGGUUUCUUUAGCUGCCAGGCAGGGAACCCCUGGGCAAGGCAGCACCAGGGCACUACCAAGGACCUCCAUGCCAAGAAAUGCCCUCCAGGCUUCAGCCAGCACUUGGCACUCAUCAGCAAUAGCUGCCAGGUGGAAUACUGCGUCCAGGCUGGAAUCCUCACAGGGGGCUCACUGCCACCUGCCCGCCUGCCCCCCUUCACCCGGCCCCCCAGCAGCCCGCCAGCCAUUGACACCGUGCUGGUGAGCAGCGUGGACGGGGGCAGCGCCUGGGUCAGGGAUGGGCAGAGCCACGUGUGGCGGCCAGUCCAGCCACAAGAAAUCCAGCACGCAACAGAGACGGUGAGGGGCCGGGGGCUGUCAGGGGGCGAGGUGGCCGGCAUCGCUGCAGCAGUGCUGGCGGGGCUGGCCACCAUCCUGGCGAUGGUCUGCUACAGCCGCUGGAGGUACAAGGCAAAGGGAUACCGUGCAGUGGGCGAAGGGGACAGCCCUGCUGCAAGCCUGGAGGACAGGAAUGUGCUCGCUGUGGGUAAGGGAUACCAGCAACAGCCAGAGGGGCUGUUGGCAUGACUGCUAUCUCCCCAUCCCAUGUCCCCAUCCCAUGUCCCCUCCCAUCCCAACUGUCCCCCAAACCCAGGCCAAGCCCCCUACACAGCACCCCUUCCACAGGCAAAGCUGUGCAGCACCAGCAGCCCACAGGAGCUGAGGGUCCCUGUCCCCACAGAGAGCCCAGGCUCACCUGUCCAUGGGGUAACACAUGCUCCUGCCCUCCAGAUCCCCAAGCUCCAGCGUCAAGCUCCUGAGAGAUUCCAUGGCCCUUCAGACCUGUCCCCAGCUGACCUCAGAGGCCAAGUCCCAGGGUCAACCCGUGACCAGCACACACCAUGACAUCCCUCCACCAGGCCCUGCAUCUCCAUGACUGCAUCUUCCCCUUCCAACCAGUCCUGGGGCUCUGCCGUUUCAGAGAUGAAAUGAGCUUCCCCUCCACUGCAGCCAUGCCCCAGCUGUGCCCCCAUCUCAAAACCAGAAAAAGGGGACCCAGUGUCCCCUUCAACAAGCUGCUCAGGACAUUGGGGUUCCCAGGGAAA